UCCACCACUCGCACCCGUCCCCACUCCCGACCGCGCAGCCCUCCCCUUCGUCGGCAGCCCAAAAACCCUCGGGGGCGAAGCGAGGAGAGGACGGCAAUGGCGGAGGCGCGCCGCAGCCACCCGUCGCAGUACGUGAAGCUGACCAAGGACCAGGACGCUUCCGCCUCCGGCCCCGGCGUGGAGGACAUCCGCCCUGGCGAGCUCAACCUGCCCGUCGCCGUCCCGCAGCUGGAGCGGAUGAAGUGCAUCCAGUGUGGGCAGGUGCUGCCUGAGGGCCACAAGGCGCCGGCCGACGAGCAGUGGACCACCGGCAUCUUCAGUUGCGCUGAAGACCCCGAGAGCUGCUGGACUGGACUAUUCUGCCCCUGUGUGUUGUUUGGACGAAAUGUUCAGGCCCUUAGAGAAGAUAUCCCACGGACAAGACCCUGCACUUGCCAUGCUGUCUGUAUUGAAGGUGGCAUUGCAUUAGCAAUCCUUACGGCUAUAUUCCAUGGUGUUGACCCAGACACAUUGAUCCUGAUUGGUGAAGGCCUGGUCUGCAGUUGGUGGAUAUGCUCUCAAUAUACUAGUAUUAUUCGUGAAAAGCUUCAGAAGAAGUAUCAUCUCGAGGUACUUCUUUCUCUCUUCCACAGUUUUCUUUGUAUGUGUCAUGAUUAAUCGCAUUCAUAAGAACAUCUACAAACAGUUGUAUUUAUUUCUACUAUAAGAACUACACAAUUGCAUUCUCCAUCUGAGAUAGUUGUAGCAGGUAUUCAGGAGUCCAGAAGUAAACUCUUAGCUUUGCAUUGUUAAAGUUAUGUGGUCAGUCUCAUGACAUUUUUGCUUGGCAUUGUCCACUGGCGGUAGCUGG